UUCGUUCAAGUGCUGCCAGCAUAAUCUCCGGUUUUAUCUCCGAAUAUCUGAUUCGUUCAAGUGCUGCCAGCAUAAUCUCCGGUUUUAUCUCCGAAUAUCUGAGUAAAUUCGUUCAAGUGCUGCCAGCAUAAUCUCCGGUUUUAUCUCCGAAUAUCUGAGUAAAUUCGUUCAAGUGCUGCCAGCAUAAUCUUCUGUUUCAUCUCCGAAUAUCUGAGUAAAUUCGUUCAAGUGCUGCCAGCAUAAUCUCCGGUUUUAUCUCCGAAUAUCUGAGUAAAUUCGUUCAAGUGCUGCCAGCAUAAUCUUCUGUUUCAUCUCCGAAUAUCUGAGUAAAUUCGUUCAAGUGCUGCCAGCAUAAUCUCCGGUUUUAUCUCCGAAUAUCUGAGUAAAUUCGUUCAAGUGCUGCCAGCAUAAUCUCCGGUUUUAUCUCCGAAUAUCUGAGUAAAGAUGUUUCACUUAAUUGAGUUCCUGCUAAACAAAACCGUAGCAGUGGUGCCACAAAAUUGGUACAGUGAUGGAGUUACCUACUGGCCAAACUACAAAAAUGAUGAGAGAGUGAACAGAGCAGUGAAAAAUUCUGAGGAACCUGGACCUGACUGGAGAAAAUAUGAUGCCAGAGUUAUUAAAUCCUGUGGUACCUACUUUGUGGCACGACAAGUUUUGAAGAAAGCUCUAAAGUGCAACACAUCAGAUCUACAGUCUGAAGAGGAAGAGGAGGAGAUUCGGCCAAAAAGAAGGCCAAAGCCGAUUCAUUUCUUCGGAGACUCUGAUGAGAGCGAGGAGGAAGAUGCUCAUAAAAAGAGAGGCAAACUUUUAACACAACCAUCAGCUCCAGUUAUCGCACCACCACCUUUUAUCCUGAGUAGCGGCACAGCUGCUCCACCUCCACCCAUUUCUCAACCUCCACCCAUUUCUCAACCUCCACCCAUUUCUCAACCUCCACCCAUUUCGCCACCUCCACCCAUUUCACCGCCUCACUGUUCACAGAGACCAGCAGAAGAGCAAACCCCUUCUGCAAGCAGGGUCUACAGACCUACCUGGCGGGGGGGAAGAUGUGGAUCAGACAGCAUUGCCUGCUCUGCUGCAGAAGUCCACAUAUUAAGCCUGCUGGAACUAAUAAAGCAUCAACAAGAGCAACUUAUAACUAAAGUAAAUUACUUGACGAGCAAGUUGAAUCCAGCAGGCCAAGACAUGGAAAUGCUUGAAAACCCAGUUGUGUUUCCAUUAACAUCCAUGCCAGAGGUUGAGCAUUUUGAGGAAUGGCUCAAAAAUCCUGCAAAUAACCAACUGAAGUUUAGUGUGAUUUCCUCCCUGGCAACUAUUGGGGGCCAUGACACGAAACGUGUCACAUGGAACAUCCUUUCCCGCAUGUUCCAUGACGAUGUUGCGAGGAGAAUCAACUGGAAGGGCAUGAAUGGGAAAAAAUCUUUCAACCAGAUGGAGUCAAAGAAGUUACUCCUGUGUGCUGUGAGAAAGAGCCAUGUCUCCCGUGCCGCCACCGAUGACGACAUUACAAAACAUGUAAUCCGUUGGUUCAACCUGGCAUCAGAUAGGGGAAGCUCAAGGAGCCGUCCCCCCUGUCAGCAAACCUUGACCGAACAGUAG